UUAAUAGAACGUAUGGAUUGUAUUGAAAUUGGAACCCCAUAAAAUACGAAUUCGUCACUGAGCUUCUUCUCUUUGCUAUUCUUCUCGCCUUCCUUCCUGCAAAUCUCUCAGGCCAUGUCUGGAUUGAACCAUCAUUUCGUCGUCAAUAAAGUCUCAGGUUUUGCACAAAUAGAUAGUACAUUUCUUCAUUGCUAUGGUGUUUCCAGACAAGGAUCCAGUUUUCUUCAAUGCUCUGUGCACAGCUUCUCUCGAUCUUUUUCACGAUUGAGCAUUGUCCCUUCAAAGUACAACAAAAACUUGUCUGUUGUGUGUAAUGCGGGUCAAAGUGGUUACAGAAGGAAUCCUGAUUUCUCAAGACAAAAUAAGCAUGGCUACUCGAGAAGCAGAAACAAGCAAAAUAAAGAAAGAGAUGGUUCCGAGAUCUUAGAUGAAUCUGAUCUGAUGCCUUCAAAAAAUGGCCCUCUCCUUUCGAUAUCCACCAGUCCUAACUUUCACGCAACUUCAUCUCCUGGACCUAGAGAAAGAGAAAUUGUUGAAUUAUUUAGGAAAGUUCAGGCUCAGCUUCGGGAGAGAGCUGCCAACAAGGAAGAGAAGAAAACUGAAUCACAAGGACAUGUAAAAGAGAACGAAACUGUUGAUUCUCUCCUUCAUCUCUUGAGAAAGCACACCACCACUACUCAACAAGGGAAAAGUAGUAGUAGCAGAAAUAGUAACAACAAAGACAUCAGCUUGGACCAACCUGAAGAAAACAGUUUUGUCAAUGAAUCAAGUAGGACUGGUUUCUUUGUUUCAACUAAUAGUGUGAAAGACGAGCCUAAGACACAGGAGCCUGCGUUUACUACUAGGCCAAGAUCAAGUUUUAAGCGUAAAUCUCCUGUUAUUCGACAAACCAACAUCCAGCCAAAUUCUCUUCCUCACACUAGUCUGGAUUUCAUAAAAGAGAAGAUCGCUCCAGUGCCCGAGCCUGAGAUGAUAUUUUCUGGUAGGGAUUUGUUUGAUAAUCUGUCAAAGGAUGAUGAUUCCUCUGACGACGACGAAGAUGAUGAAGAUCUUGAAGAUCUUGAAGAAGGAGAGCAGAAUCUUCUACCUCAACAGAGGGAUCUGAACGAACUAAAGGUAGCAGAUCUUAGAACACUUGCGAAAUCUCAUGGCUUGAAAGGUUUCUCAAAGCUCAAGAAACAACAACUUGUGGAGUUGCUGAAUGAGGUUUUGGACUAAUAUCUUAAAACAUUAUUGCUUAUUAUGUAUCCACUUAGUAGUGUAUCUUGUUUUCGUCCAAUAGGCUGGUUAGUCUCGACUCUAUAUUCCCCGCAUGCCAGAAACAGUUACUUAUCGAAUUGAGGAAGUUGGUUUUCUUAUUCAGAAUUUUGUUUGAUUUUAAAAAUCCAUGAAUCUAUUGUGGA